AUGGCCCUCCACGCCCCACGCCUGGCGCGGCACUUAUGCCGCUCAGCGACACCACGGAAGAUCAUCACAUCCACCCGACAAGGCCUGAUCAACUCAUCCCAACGCGAUGCGUGCACGCUCUGCCAGUCUCGCACCCAGAUAAACCGAAGCUCAACUUUCGGCCUCGGGCCAAAGUCCAUAUACAAGCCUACAAACACACCAACCCGCCGCGCAGCCUCAACAGCAACAUCCUCAGCACAAACUCCUACUGAAACAACCGAACCCCCCAUCACCGGCGCCCCAGACAUAACAAACCAUUACACAAUCUUCCCAAAAACCCUCCCAGCGGGACCACCCCCAUCCUCACCCUUCGAAAUCUCCAUCAGCGACCUCCGCCGCGAAUUCCUCCAACUCCAAGGCACAGUCCACCCCGACAAAUACCCCUCCGGCGCGGCAAAACAGCAAGCCGAAGCGCUAUCCGCGCGCAUCAACGAAGCCUACCGCACCCUCUCCGACCCUCUCCAACGCGCGCAGUAUCUCCUCCGUGAAUGGCACGGGAUCGACGUCACAGCCGAAGACGCCUCGACCAAGCACGCGCUGGACGCUAACACGCUUAUGGAAGUGAUGGAGGUGCAGGAGACGAUUGAGGAGGUUGGUGCUUCGCCGGAGGCGGAGGCGGAGAUUGAUGCUUUAAAGGAUGAGAAUGAGGUGCGGAUUAGGGAUUGUGUGGGGGUUUUGGCGGGGGCGUUUGAUCGGGGGGAUAUUGAGGGGGCGAGGAGGGAGUGUGUUAAGUUGAGGUUUUGGUAUAGCGUUGGGGAAGGGUUGAGGGAGUGGGAGCCUGGGAGUACGGAGAUUCGGUUGGUGCAUGGGUCUUAG